CCGCUGUAAGAGAAAAAGCUUAUUUUUGCGCCAAAGUUCCAACUUGGGAAAACAUUCUCUGACGCUUACCGAAAUAGUGGCCGUCCGAUUGACUCCGAUACGAUCCAACGACUGGUAUUGACUUAUGACUGACCGCUGCAAGAAGUUGACAGCAGCAUCUUCGUCCUUCUUCCUUUAAAUUAAGCUCAGAGCUAUCUCAGUCUCUUUUUCACAUAUACACGCAAAUUCUAGAACCUAUUUUUUGCUGUGCAUUUCUGGUGCUCUGCUUUCUGUAAGGGGUGAAUAUGGCUAACAGUGGUGGAGAAGGGAGUGGAAAGAAUUCAGGAUUUCCUCAUGUUGUCCUCAAUGAAAGAAUCCUUUCUUCAAUGUCACGGAGAUCGGUUGCUGCUCAUCCCUGGCAUGACUUAGAGAUUGGACCUGGUGCGCCAGCAGUUUUCAACGCUGUUGUUGAAAUUAGCAAAGGCAGCAAGGUUAAGUACGAGCUCGACAAGACAACUGGCCUCAUAAAAGUUGAUCGUGUUCUUUACUCAUCAGUUGUUUAUCCACACAACUAUGGUUUCAUUCCCCGAACCAUCUGUGAGGAUAGCGAUCCUAUGGAUGUACUGGUACUGAUGCAGGAGCCCGUCUUACCUGGUUCUUUUCUUCGUGCUCGUGCUAUCGGAUUAAUGCCCAUGAUUGAUCAAGGUGAAAAGGAUGACAAAAUUAUUGCAGUAUGUGCUGAUGACCCUGAGUUCCGCUACACCAAGGACAUCAAGGAUCUUCCUCCCCAUCGCCUUGCAGAAAUUCGUCGAUUCUUUGAGGACUACAAGAAGAAUGAGAACAAGGAAGUGGCUGUUGAAGACUUUCUACCUACUGAGGCUGCCAUCGAUGCCAUCAAAUACUCCAUGGACCUGUAUGCAUCUUACAUUGUGGAAAGCUUGAGGCAGUAGCUAACCUGGUGGCUAAUUAGUGAAAUGGCUGAAACCAUUUAAUAAUGUAGUGAGGCUUAAAGACUUCUUGCAGAAUGCCUCUGUAUACAAGUUCUUAUUCCUCAACUACCAAACCAUUUCUCUGGAUUUGAGUGGAGACGUUAUGCUGUACUUUUGAUCAUAUCUCUUCUAAAGACUUGUAUGUGUUGAUGCUCUUUGGAGUAGUUUCCAAGUAUUGGCUUCCUCGGUAGUGAGGAGAAUGCACUAUCGAAAUGGUACAAAUAAUUUCUUCCAUUUUGGAUGUAAAUGUUGCCUUUCCAAUAGUGUUUGGCUUCCUGGAAAACAUAUUAUGCUCAAUGAAUCUAGAUUGGGAUUGCAUAACUCAAAUAA